UAAUACAUACCUCGUUGUAACUUGUUGUGUAUUGUAUUUUAAUUUAUAAUUAAACAAUUUAGUCAACGUAUGUUAGUCUCAUUUAAAAUACGAAAAACGUAUUGAAUUUAUUUUGAUAAUUAAGUUAAGAUGAGUUUAGUUGCAAAUACCGGGAAGUUAGCGGGUCGUACCCUUUUUAUAACGGGGGCUUCGCGUGGCAUAGGAAAGGCUAUCGCGCUUAAAGCGGCUAAGGAUGGCGCCAACGUUGUUGUGGCUGCCAAAACAGCGGAGCCUCAUCCGAAACUCCCAGGAACCAUUUAUACUACUGCUGAAGAAAUCGAGGCUCUGGGAGGAAAAGCCCUUCCGUGCAUAGUGGAUGUGAGAGAAGAGAAACAAAUUCAAAAUGCUAUUGACGAAGCUGUCAAGAAGUUCAAUGGUAUUGACAUCUUAGUAAAUAAUGCGUCGGCUAUCUCCCUGACUGGCACGGCCCAGACUGAUAUGAAGAGAUAUGACCUCAUGCAUAACAUUAACACAAGGGGGACUUUCUUAACGUCUAAGCUGUGCCUGCCGCUGUUGAAGAACAGCAACCAUGCCCACAUUCUGAAUCUAUCCCCACCACUCAACAUGAACCCCUACUGGUUUUCAAUACACGUGGCGUACACGAUGGCGAAGUACGGCAUGUCCAUGUGUGUGCUCGGCAUGAGCGAGGAGUUCAAACCGUACAACAUCGGCGUCAACGCGCUCUGGCCCAAGACCGCGAUCGCGACGGCCGCCAUCGAGAUGCUGACGGGCGACACGAGCACGAGCCGCAAGCCCGACAUCGUGGCCGACGCCGCCUACGUCAUGCUCGCCCAAGACCCCAAGAAGUACACCGGCGUCUUUGCGAUUGACGAAGACGUAAUCAAAAAAUACGGUAUAACGGAUUUGACACCGUACGCGUGUGACCCAAAGAACGCAGAUAAUCUGAUGUUGGACGGUUUCUUGGACGAUCCUGCGGCUCUGACCCACCACCGGCAAACGGUCACCACCGCGUCGAUGCGACGGUACCAUACCUCAACCGUCAACUAUAAAGAAAAGGCUGAAUCAGGUGGUCAGAUUCCAGCAUUAUUUGCAGCCAUCGGAAAAUCUAUUACACCUGACUUAAUAAAAAAGACUCAGGCUGUAUUUCAGUUCAAUGUGAAAGGUAAGGAAGAAGGAGUUUGGCAUUUGGACUUGAAGAACGGCGAUGGGUCCUGCGGGCAAGGAGAACCGAAAAACCCCCCAGACGCAACUCUCACCAUGGACAGCAAUAACUUCGCCGAUAUGUUUGCUGGUAAAUUGAAGGCGACAAAUGCCUUCAUGAUGGGAAAAUUGAAGAUAAAGGGUGAUUUACAGAAAGCAAUGAAGCUUGAGAAAAUGAUGAAGUCACUCAAGAACAAGGUCUGAACAAAUUUAAAUGAAUGUAAAAUAUUGUAUAUUAUGAUACUAUGAUAGAGCAGACAUUUUGAUACUAUAAAAUGGUUGAUAUUAAUUUAAGAGUUUCUCAUGUGCUAUUUCACGAUUUGUGCACUCAUGUCGUUGGAACAAUGUAAUGUGUACUACGCUUUAAACUUUAAAAGAUAAAAACAGUGUUAUGUAAUUAUUUGUUAUUGGCUGGGACAUAUGAGUUGUUCAAUAUUUAAAAUUGCAAUAAUUGUAGUGCUAAGGCAGUUACGUCAAUUAUAAACUGUUGAAUUGUUAAACUUUUGAUAGACCAGAGAAAAUGUAAAUUAUUUCUUAUACAUACCUCACUACUCAGUAUUGAAUAAA